AUGUCAUUAAUCAAAGAUUCCACCAAGAUUAUAAUAACAGGUACAUCCUCAAACUUAGGAUUCAACAUAGCUGUACGUUUCCUCGAAGAUUUGCCUAAUGACAGAGAGAUUACAUUGAUUGUUACCUCAAGAACAUUACCAAAAGUGAAAAAUGUCAUUACCGAUAUUAAAAACAACAUCAUUAACAAAAUUCCUGACAAAAUCAAAUUGGUUGAGUUUGAUUACUUAUUGGUAGAUUUUACCGAUAUGGUAUCUAUUCUAUCCACAUACUACGAAUUAAACAAGAGAUACACUCAUAUUGAUUUUUUGUUUAUCAAUGCUGCACAAGGUGUUUAUGGGGGAAUUGACUGGAUGCAGGCGGUUGUUGAAGUUUUACAAAGCCCAAUUCAAGCAGUAACCAACCCCACCUAUAAACUUCAGCGUACCGGUGUACAAUCUGCUGAUAACCUAGGCCUUGUCUUCCAAGCAAACGUGUUUGGUCCGUAUUACUUUAUACAUAAAAUCAAACAUUUAUUGGCCAAUGGUGGGAAAAUUAUUUGGAUUGGAUCACUCAUGUCUCAUCCAAAGUACUUGUCAUUCAACGAUUUACAAUUAUUGAGGUCACCGGAGUCUUAUGAAGGGUCAAAGAGAUUGGUGGAUUUAUUACAUUUCGGAACAUACAAACAACUUAAAAAGGAGGGAAUUGAUCAAUAUUUAGUCCAUCCAGGGAUCUUUACAAGUUUUUCCUUCUUUCAAUUCUUGAAUGUAUUUACUUACUACGGUAUGUUGGCGUUGUUUUACUUGGCGAGAUUUUUAGGCUCACAAUAUCACAACAUAUCAGGUUACAUCGCAGCUAAUGCCCCUGUUGCAGCAGCCAUGGGAAAAACCAAACAAACAUCAAAAGUCGGGUCUGCUUGUACCAGAAGUGGUAAAGAAUACUUGAUAGAUGAAGAAGUGGACACCACGGGGCUGGAAGAUGUAGCUAAAUAUCUCAAAGAUUUGGCAGAUGAAUGGGACGAGAAAUUUAAAGAUCAAAUUGUCAAUACGCGAAUUCCUUAA